UUUUAACUUAAAAAAUGGUUGCGUCUUUAAAGAAACAAUUCAAGACUGAAUUUGCUGUAGAAUUGACUUGUCAGUCAUGUGUAGACGAUGUUUCUAACGUAUUGAAACAGUUUCCAGGAAUUGAACAGUUUGAUAUCAAUUUAUCAGAACAACGGGUUACUAUUGAAGGAACUGCUCCACCAUCCAAAGUAUCAAGGGCUUUAAAAGAAACAGGACGAACAGUGAUAGUACGUGGUCAAGGUGUAGCAGACGACAAACAAGGACAUAGUGGUGCAGCAGUAUGUAUCUUUGAUGUUUAUGGUGAUGAUCCUACAAAACAAUUACCAAAAGGAAAAUCCGGUCUAGCACGAUUUGUACAGAUUGAUAAUGAUACCUGCUUGAUUGAUUUGACUGUGGAAGGUCUUACACCAGGAAAACACGGAGUACAUAUUCAUGAAUGUGGUGAUGUAUCACGUGGCUGGCUCUCCACUGGCGAUCACUUCAAUCCUACUGGUGUGGAUCAUGGUGAUGAAUUUACUGGACAUGUUGGUGAUUUAGGCAAUUUGGAAGUAGACGAUAAUGGUUGGGGCGAUAUGGUGGUGGAAAGUGAAAGAAUCAAAGUAUGGGAUAUCAUUGGUCGUAGUAUGGUGAUUACAAAAGAUGAGGAUGAUCUUGGCAAGAACAAACAAACACAACAACAAUCAAAAUGGAAUGGUAAUAGUGGACCUGGUAUUCUUUGUGGAAUUAUUGCAAGAAGUGCUGGUGCUUUUGAAAAUAUGAAGAAGGUCUGUGCCUGUAAUGGAAAAACAUUAUGGGAAGAAGCAAGAUUAGUUCAAGACAAAAAGGUAUCCAGUUUAUAGUUAGUUAUUUUUAUAUAAUGUUAGUUACUAUAUCAAUGAAAUAAAUCAUAUGUCUUUUUUUUUUUAUACA